AUGGCAGUACAAUCCGCAACAUACAAUGAGAAGGACAGGAUCUGGAGUGGCGCCGAAAGGACAUCAACCUACAGUCCGGACACUUCUGUGGGCAAAAUAAUAUUUAACACCAUGAGAACUUGGCCAAAGAAUGUGUUUCGUUCUUUCAUCAACGAUAUUGACGGCUCGGAGGUUACCUUUGAGCAGGCGCUUACAUGGGCCAUACGUAUUGCUCAGUUCUUCAAAAAACGUGAACUGGGCCACAAGGAUGUAAUCGGCAUUGCUAUGCAAAACUCCACAUAUGCCAUGCCAUUGGGAGUGGCCUGUCUUCUGAAUGGAACACCCUUCCACUCUAUAAGUACCUUGCUAGAUGAAGCUACUACUGCUCAUGUGUUCUCAAUAACCAAGCCAAAACUUAUAUUCUGUGAUGGAAUUGAUAUUAAAAAGAUCCAAGCCGCCACUAUUGGCUGGUCUCCGGAUAUCUUCACCCUUACCGAUCACGUUGAAGGAACACCCAGUAUUGAAACCCUACUUGAACCCACAGGCACUGAGAGGAUGUAUCAACCACAACCCCUCAAGGAAGGAAGUGCUCAAACUGUGGCGAUUCUCUGCUCAUCGGGAACAACUGGCUUGCCCAAGGCAGUCUGCAUUUCAAACGGCAGCCUUAUAAAUGACACCAUGGUGGGUAGCAAUGAAAUGGUCAUCUUUACGCCCAGUUGCCUGGACUGGUUGACCGGUCUGGUGACCUUCUUCUUUAAUACUAUUUUGGGUGUCACGCGAAUUGUUACCAACAAACCGUUUACACCGGAGUAUUUUGUGCAGAUUGUAAAGAAGUACAAUAUCCAUGUUGCAGUACUACCGCCCAGAUAUCUCAAUGCACUGACCAGUAGUCCAGAUGCCACGCCCGAGGCCCUGGCCUCCAUUAUGAACAUCCAUUACACCGGCGGCUGGGUUUCCAUGGUCACUCUGAAGAAGGCCCAGGAGCUUUGCAAGGGUGCGGUCCUGAGCUGUGGUUACGGAAUGACCGAGAUGGGAAUCGUAACAUCGAAUGCUGGAAUCCACAAUCUUUCAUCUGUGGGAAGACCUGUCCCUGGAGUCCGAAUGCGUAUUGUCGAUGAGGAUGGCAAGAAUCUGACCUACAAUGAGGUUGGUGAACUCUAUGUCCACACGAAUCUCCACUGGAAUGGCUACUAUGGAAAUCCGGAGGAGACCCACAAGUUGCAGGACUCUGAGGGCUGGUACCACACCGGCGAUCUGGGCUACUUCGAUGAGCACAACUUUCUUUAUAUAGUCGAUAGGAAGAAGGAGAUGCUGCGGUAUGAAUACCUCAGCUAUUGGCCCACUGAGAUCGAAAGCGUUAUCGCCAAGCUUCCACAAGUGCAGGACGUUUGCGUGGUGGGGAUCUACGAUGAGCGGGUGGGCGAUGAGGCCGGUGCUUUGGUGGUCAGGGUUCCAGGAACCGAAAUAAGUGCCCAAGAGAUUGUGGACCAUGUGGCCAAGCAUCUGCCCGCAAAGGAGAAACAACUUUACUCCGGCGUCCAGUUCACAGAUAAGCUGCCAAGCAAUGCCAAUGGAAAAACUCUACGCAAGGCCUCACGCGAUCUGUUUCUGGCCAAAAAGGGGGCUAACAAUUAA